CAGCGGCACGUGCAACUACUGAAUGACCAACCUCUUUUCCUAAAAUAUUGAUCCGCCGCUUGGACAACUUUACAAGUUUCUGGCUUCAAAACCACACGUUGCCGCUCUGCCCGUUUUUAAGAACCAUUCAUGUGCUGAUGUAGUGGCAUGUGGUCAUAAAUUUUGCGUUUAUAAGUAAAUUAAAAUAUAUAAUUAAUUAAUAAUGGGUUACGAUGAUGUUAUACCACUUUUGGGCGACUUCGGGCGAUACCAAAGAAGAAUAUACUUCCUAAUAUGUAUACCUGCCAUUUUAUGUGCCUUCCACAAAUUAGCCAACGUUUUUUUACAUGCCAAAGUGGACCACAGAUGUUUAUUACCAUCGGAAUUUCCAAACGCAACAUACAUCUUAGAUUUAAAUACAACACAAGAAUACUACCCUUGGGACAAUUUAAACUCAAAAUAUUCAAAUUGUUCCAUGUUGGUGAAUGGAACCGAACAAAGUUGUAAUAAAUAUGUUUAUGAUACAAGAAAAUAUGAAAGCAGUAUUGUGAUGGAAUGGCAAUUGGUGUGUUCCGCGGCUUAUAAGCGAGCAACUACCGAUUCUGUUUUUAUGAUUGGUGUUAUGUUGGGUUCUAUUGGAUUUGGCGAACUAUCAGAUAGAUAUGGCCGAAAGAUAAUAUUUUUUAUAAGUUUGGUGAUUCAAGUAGUUUUUGGGCUUUUAACAGCAGUCGCGCCCGAAUUUUGGACUUAUACAAUAGCUCGAGCGAUUGUUGGAGCAACAACUUCCGGAGUCUUUUUAGUAGCUUAUGUCAUAGCGAUGGAAAUGGUAGGUCCAAAAAAACGUAUGAUAGCAGGUACAGUGUGUCAAAUGUUUUUCUCGUUAGGUUACAUGUUAACGGCGUUAUUCGCUUAUUACAUCCGCGAAUGGAGACAUUUACAAAUCGCUCUCACGGUUCCUGGGAUUGCUUUCUUUUGUUAUUGGUGGUUUAUUCCUGAAUCAACAAGAUGGUUAAUAUCAAAAAACAGAAUUGCAGAAGCCAAAGAUUUAAUAAAAAUUGCUGCCAAAGAAAAUAAAGUGACAAUACCUGAAGAAGAAUUAGAUAGGUUACUUGAAUCUGAUGUUAAAAAAUUAAACGAAGAGCAAGAAAAAAAUAAUACAUCAAAGCCAAGCGUUUUGGAUAUUUUUAAGCAUGCUAAUUUAAGAAAGCGGUCAUUGAUAAUAUUUUUUGAUUGGUUUGCAAACAGUAUGACUUAUUAUGGUUUAUCUUGGAAUACAAGCAACUUAGGAGGAAAUGAUUAUUUAAGCUUUGUAAUAUCAGGUGCUGUUGAAAUUCCUGCUUACACAUUUGUAAUGUUAACAAUCAAUAGAUGGGGAAGAAAAUGUGUUUUAUGCGGAAGUAUGGUUACUGCUGGUAUUGCUUUGUUAAUUACAAUGGCUGUCCCUUCAAGUAGCCAAUGGGGAGUUGUAGCUUUAGCUAUGAUUGGAAAAUUAGCGAUAACUGCUAGUUAUGGCGCGAUUUAUAUUUUUUCAGUGGAACAAUUUCCUACUGUUAUCAGAAACGCUGGAUUAGGAGCUGGCUCUACAUCAGCUAGAGUAGGAUCUGUUCUUGCGCCAGUUAUAAAUAUAAUGUCCGAAUAUUGGCAACCCUUGCCUUUAAUUAUUUUUGGAGCUUUAGCUUUUAUUGGAGGUUGUUUAUCUUUAUUGUUACCAGAAACGUUAAAUAAACAACUUCCCGAAACUAUCGAAGAUGGAGAAAAGUUUGGAAGGGAAGAAAAAGGAACGAAAGACGAAAUAGAAUCAUUAAAUGUAAUAGAAAAAACCAACGGAAUUCCAAAUCAAAAUGGUCAUACAGAAACCAAUAGGAAUUAAUUAAUAUUUAUAAUUAAAUUACUUAAAUUGUUUUAUAAACCAAAAUCUUUAAAGUGAUACAAUUGGUAGUUGGCGAUCUGAAAUUUAACACAUUCAAGGUUAGAAUUUUGUACACAAUAUGAUUUAUAUAAUAUUUAUAUACAUAAAUAAUUAAGUUUACCAACUCAAAAUUAACCCAAAAUACAAUCGCCUUCUCAAGUUUUUAAUUUAUUGAGCUAAUUAAGCUAAAUAUAUAUAUAUUUUUGAUAAUAUCAUGUAACAACAAAGUGUCUAUGGUAAUUAACAGAACUUUGAAUCCAACACAAUAAGCGCCAAAAAAUGCAUUUAUUUAAAGUAUUAUGCUACAUUCUGUAUCUGUAAUCUUCCACUAAGUGUGUUUCUAUUAAAUUGUAAUGUGUAGUAAAAUUUUGUACUUGAAAUAAAGCUUAUAUUUGCAAAAAUUG